CUAGCCUAGCCUAUGGAUGUCCUGGAUUACCUCCUUACAAGUGCCGAUGUUGCCCGCGAGUGAUGGCCGCCGGCUGGCGAGGCACGGUGUUGCUCGGCUUGCUGGCCUCCUUGUGUACUUUGAGAGCUGAUAAUAAGGACAAGAUAGAGGAGGCGUUGGAGUUGAUCCACGACGUGUCCACCGGCAACAUGGGAACUCUGUGUGUCAGUGAGUCAUACAGGACGUUGGCAGCUCAUGUCAGCCCGACACGCUAUGACUCAGCCAGACAAAAGGCUGACUUGGUGGCGAUGCUGCUACAAGACUUGGGAAUCGCUCAUCAUAAUGGUCUGAUGGAUGCGGUGGGACGUACUCUGUUGCUCUCAGAUCGACACAUGUUGAGUACCAGAGUGCUGGCGCUGAACACCUCCACUGGCCACCUCAGUGCUGUCGUCAUCUGGCGCAAGUCUACCCCCGACCCUGCGACACUCACUGGCGCUCACAGGGUGACAGAUGAGCAGUUAAGACCUGGAGGUCGCCCGGACGCCACCGCCCCGUGGUACGAGGACGCCCACUCCUCCCCCGCCCUACGGUCACCCAAGUUCAUGACCAGUCCCGACGUGGUCAGCUACCGCGGCUGGUGGACGUUCCCUUACUACUCGUGCUACCAUCACCUGUGGAUCAUGUCUUACACUGUGGUCGUUCCACCGUCGCCCAAGCAUGAGCACGGGAUCAAGGGUCUGGUCAGUUUUGACGUCGACGUCUCCAGCCUGGAGGUCAAUCAAUGUGACCACGGCCACGACAGCAAACAAGUUCACUUCUUCAGAGGAUCACAUAAGUGCCAUAACACUACCCAGUGUAUCUACUUCCGUAAGGUUGGUGGUGGGGGUGGCUGGCAGAGGGGUAACUACAUGUGUAAGUGUAAACCUGGUUUCUACUCACGCCACACAGAGUUCAAUGGCACACUCGUCGAAGCUGCCUGGGCUGAAAAGUACGGUAAUGGUAGUACAAGCGGGGUUUACGAUGAGAGGUAUAGAUGUCGUAAAUGUGCCCCCGGCUGUUCUACUUGCACCGGCCCAAAACCUUGUCUCGCACACUACAACUGGCCGUUCAGAAUCACCUUGUUAUGUAUCUCACUGAGUUGCGUCUUUUUCACUCUGGGACUCAUUUUGUAUGUUUAUAACCACAGAAAACUCAAAGUUUUCAAAGUUGCGAGUCCUAUUUUCCUAAGCAUUACUCUACUGGGAUGUGCCAUCAUGUAUUUAGAGAUGGCAGCAAUCUUUCCAAUUUUGGAUAUCUACUCGUGCAUCGCCACAAAAUGGUGUCGACAUUUGGGGUUCUGUGUCACCUAUACAGCAUUGCUUAUGAAAACAUGGAGAGUUUCACUGACCUACAGAGUAAAGUCUGCACACAAAGUUAAGCUAACGGAUAAGCAGCUGCUGCAAUGGAUGUUCCCAAUCCUACUGGUCAUGCUUAUCUAUCUCAGCACAUGGACCAUAAGUGCUCCACCCAAAGGAGAGGAGAUUUAUGACAGUCACGGACUAAGGUUCAAGCAGUGCACCUUUAAUUGGUGGGAUCACAGUUUGGCCAUAGGGGAGGUACUGUUCCUGGCGUGGGGUAUCAGAGUCUGCUACAACGUGAGACACGCAGAGUCCCUGUACAACGAGGCUCGACUCAUCACCAUCGCCAUCUACAACAUCGCUGGUGUCAACAUCGCAAUGGUGGCUUUCCAUUUGUUCCUGUUCCCACAAGCUGGGCCUGACAUCAAGUAUUUUCUUGGUUUCAUCAGGACUCAACUUAGCACGUCAGUCACCAUUGCUCUUGUCUUUGGACCUAAGGUGCUAAGAGUUCUACGAGGCCAGGGCGACCAAUGGGAUAACAGGGCAAGAGCUCGGGGCGUCACAGCCUCCUUCUCUCUAAAUGGGAUCGGGCUUGUGCCAGAUGAAGCUCCAGAUCUCUUCCAAGAGAAUGAAGAGUUGAAGGAAGAAAUCCAGAAGUUAGCAGGACAGAUGGAGUUCAUGAAGAUCGUUCAUAUGGAGAUGAACAACCGUCACCUGAAGAUGAAACCCGGAGGAUACUUUAGUUCGGGCAACACCGUCGUACUGCAGAGUCCCGUCAGUCGGACCUCCGCGGGGUUUGUCCUCGGUAAAAGUUUCAGCACUACAGAAGAGCCCGAUGAGAGGGUAUGACUAGUCUUCACGAGCCGUGAAGUUUGGUUGUGAUAUUAACUUCUCUGUGAUUAUCUACAUAGUGUUACGUUUUGUUACCACAGCUGUUUUAUAGACUCGUCGUUGUUACAUGUCAUGUGUUCAGAGUAUUUUUGUGUUACUCAAGCCGAAAUCUUGGGAGUUUCCCACGCUUAAGUGUCCUCUAACUUUUUUGAUAUCGGGAAUGGUCGACAAUAUUGAGGCAGUGAAACGGAAAUGUGUCGCUUAUGAUAUUUUGUGAGGGUGGAAUUUACAGGUGCUGUGGAUUAGGGUUUUUCUCCACACUAAAUCAAGCAAUAAAAAUAAAAACAGGGUUUAACGUAGUUAAAUUUUUAAUUGGAAUCAUAAUGGGUGAAAAUUUGUAAAAGUUAUUGUAACCAUAUCAAUCUUAGAGUAUUUUUUUGUGGAUAAGAUUUUGGAUUUUAAAUUAGUGUUUCACUAAUAUUGAGUUUAAUGCUGCUGAAAGCUUGCGGAACUGAGUAAAACAUCAAACAGAUAAUUUAUAUCACAAAACGCAAUGGGUAAGGAAAUAUAGCCUUAGGUAACUUUGAUAAAUACAGUUUAUGUAAUGAAUCCCAAAAAUACAAUAGUGAUAUGAAGGAGUUUAUCAUCGCCAUUGCACUGAUGAAAUUAAUAGAAAUUCACUUAAGAUCUUCCCUUGAACACUAAGAAUUUGUUAACUUAACCUAAAACACUGGUUAUGAACUUAAUAAAAUAUUAUUUUCGGUAGGAACUGAUGCAGUAACUUAUGUGGUUGUGGUAUGAUAUUGAUAAUGAUGCUUAGAUUAGUAAGUUGCAGCUAAUUAUUUACUGAAAAUGGUAAAUGUUAACCAGAUUAUAUUUUUCAAGUAAUCUUUAUUUUUACCACAACAGUGAAAUUACUACUUUUCUAGUUUUGAAAAUCGUAAUGGGUUUAAGUUAAAAUAUUUUAAGUUAUUUUACAAUAGCUCUUUGUUAAAUGUAUUUACUUUGUAACACAGUCGAACCUUUAUAAGACAAAUUUCAAGGGGUAGGGGAAAAAUUUGUAUCAUUGAUGUAUUCUUAAUAAAGAGGUUUGUUUUAUCAAGGUUUAAUACUGUUAUUCGUCUUAUUGAGGUUUAACCUCGCUACCAAACAAUGACUGACGAAAGAGGAGGGAUGGGUGGGGGUUUCAUGUUAGACAAGCUUAUCUGUUUGUUUUGAAAACUACUAUGGAGAAGUUCAUGAGAAGUUUGUCUUAUAUAGGUCACAUUUGUUUUGUAAACAAGGUUUUGUGCUAAGAAUAUUCGUUGUGUAGAGGUUAAUUAAUCACAUGUCACAAACAAAAUUGAAGAUAAUUUUGUUUGAACCUCCAUAAGAAUGGAGGUUUUUAACCUAAUGACUACAUUGUAUAGAGGUGUUUUUAGCAUUGACCUUUAUGAAAGUUUCAAGGGGAUUUAAAAAAAUUCGUCUUUUCAAGGAAUUUAUUUUACUGAGGUUCGACUGUAACGUUAAAUAAUGUAUAAUAAAACUGUAUGUUUUAUUACAUUUUAAUUUAACCCUUAGAGUGCCAGGCGAGAAAUAAAAGUAACGCUCAAAAAAUGCCGAUGAUUUUUCCCGAAGGUCGCGCUAAAAAUGCCGAGCGCGAUCUGGCGAUUUUUAGGUUAAAAUUUCGUAAAAAUCGAAUUUUCGAUAUUUGGACCAACGAAAAUCGAUGUAUUGCAUCUAGUAACUUUCGACUCAAUGUUAAUAUAUGGGUUAAAAGAAUCCGAGUAUCCAUUCGGUUGUUAUGACAACUGUUAGAUCAUUACGAAACGUCCGGUCAGCCGGACGUUGGCACUUUUGGCUCGUUCUAAAAACGUCCGGUCGGCCGGACGUCGGCACUUUUGGCUCGUUUUAAAAACGUCCGGUUCCCCGGACGUUGGCACUCAAAGGGUUAAUCAUAAGAACAAUUUUCACAAACUAGUCAUAUUUUAAGGAACUUGAGGAAUGUUGAAAUUUGUUAUUUUCUUAAAAAGCGUAAACAUUAAAAGUGGUUUACUUUUAUUUAGCUUGACUACAAUUACACCUUUACACCUUGCUUUACUUAAUAUUAGCCAAAAAUGUAAAUGGUUGAUUGACACAUUUGCUAAACCAUCAAUAUAACAGUACUGUAAUGGAUUUUUAUUGUUAUACCAAGACUUAUCCGUAUAUUGGUCCACACUAUCUAUACAGAGAAGUAAGGUAUAGAGGAAACUUUCAGUAAUACACCUAAGAGGUGACUAGUGGCUGAUGUCUAGGGCAAGUCCAACAAAUCCCAUCGCCCUCAUGUACAACACUCUCACAGUGGAGGAAGACCCUGAGUCCUGUACAAGAGGAAUUUCUGCAGAAUGCUUGCCACUCAAGGUCUUCCUUGCUAGUGUAACUGGUAGAGCUGAUAAAUACUUCUUAAGCAUCUUUCCUCUGUACCUUACUUCUCUGUGAUGUGUUGGGUUUCUCAAGGGCAUUUGAUCAAUUUCCUUGAAAGGUCUAGAUGGUUUUCUUAGAAGGUAUAACUAGAAUGAAUGGUUCCACUGAGCUUCUUUGUUUGUAUACUCAGUUACCACUUAAUUUUAUCUUCUAUAAAGAAAGGUUUUAUACGCUCAUUCAAAUCAAACUUAAAUUCCCUUUAUUGUAAUUUGUUAAUCUAGGUUAAUAGAAUAGAACCGCAAAAGAUUUCUAUUAUGUCAACCCUGAUUGUAACUAGCUUAUGUUAAAUCAUAGACAAAUAGAAUGAAAAUAGACUAUCAAAGGAAGGUUCCGCAAUGUGCUGCUAGAUUGUGCUCGGUGUUUGAUUCGCUGCCGUUGUCGGUUCCUGGCCGUCUGCUACCAGCACUACCACUAUUGCAAAAGAAAUACUACCAAUGUAACAGACCCAAUUUUCAAUAAACAUCAAUCCCCCGGAUUCCAGGGAAUUCCUCUGGAGUUGGCAACACUGGUCCCAACUACCAAAUUGUCAUGACUCGGUCGCUAGCGCUUGAUGCUGCGGCGGUGUGCGCCGUGACUACACGGUACUCCUAGGUGGACACCAGAACAUAUGCUAACUGCAGCACUGCUGUCAGUCUAUAUUCAAUUCUAUUUGUCUAUGGUUUGAUAUGUUUUACAACAACCAUUCGAGUUAUGAAAAAAUUACUCUAAACAUUAUUGUUGUUAUACCAUUCAAAGACAGGAGAUUUAUAAUAUAUUUAUAUUUUUGUAUUUAAAAAGAGUGAAAAUACAUUUAAAUCAAAAUUAUUUGGAAAAUUAAGUAAGAUACAAUAACAAUAAAAUUAAAAUUGAUUCCUGAUAAUGACAUUGAUCCUGUACGGUAACAGUUUUGCUACGGAUUGAACACGGAUAGGUUACAUUUUUACUGCUCGUACAAUAAUAAAUUAUAUGGUAUGACAAUAUCACUGAUGAAAAAAAUAAGGAGUACUUUACCUACUAAACGUAAAUUUAACACAAGAAAAAUAGUCUAUAGUAUUUUAGCUUUUAAAAGUUAUACAUUUUAUACAUAGUGUAAGUACACUUUUUGUUUUGAAUUUAUUUUUUAUCAAAGAUCAUCUAAGAUUUAUUCAAGGUCUUAAUUGUGCUGGAAAACAUUAAUAUGAUUUGUUAAAUAUAUGAUUGGUUAAAGAUCUGGUUAAGGCUUACUGAUAGACUUUUUCAGUAUAUAAAAGUGAAAAUAAAGUUUUCUAAGGAUGUAGGGGGAAAAUUCAAACAUCCAAUACACUUAAUAUGUGAGGUAUACAUUUGACUAUGGGGAGUGCCCAGAAAUAUUCAUAAAAUACACAAAUCAAAAUAAUAGAACAAGUUAACGGCUAAACUCCACCUAGCCUGUAGUAAAGGUUCCUUGACUAAGCUUAUCUGUGUGAUAUGUUUGUUAUGUGUUGGUAGAUUAUAAUUAUUGUUAGCUACAUGUUUAGAUGUACUUAGCGGCCUUACCAUCGCUAACACAUGUUGAUUCUUGCAAACCAAAGAGUUUUAUAAGUAAUGUUGAAUUUUAUAAUACAGUAUAAUUAUAUCGUUGAAACUGCAAAAGCCUCCAUUUUAGACAGUGAGGAUUCUGAAAUACUACGGGGGGAAAUUGAUGAAAAUAAUGCUAUGUUUUAUCAUGGUAUGAGUAUGCCCGAAAAACAAAAACCUUUUAUAGUACACCUCCAAUUUUUGUGUAAAUCUGUAAAAUGCUUUGACACUAGUAGUGUGAUUUGGUACGAUACCUAAAUUUCUCAUCCCAUAAAGCAACAUGUAUCAGAAAAACUGACUUUUUGGUAAAGGUUAAACUGGAAUAAAUGUCUAUUUUUCUCAUCUUAAAUUUUAAAAUAGAAGUACGCUGUUGAUUGUUACUGUUGCUAAGUUAUUAAGAAAUAGUAUCUUUUGUAGUAUUUUUGUAAUAUUCUAGUCCUUUUAGUCAGUUGUGGUGUGUUAAAUAAGUUCAAAUAAAAAUAAAUAUCUAAAGUAAUUAAUUUCUGUUAAGAAAAGGGAUUGGAGAUGAAGUGGGUUUUCAUCUUGGUGUAUAAGGCAAAUUAACAGUUGACGUUGAUUUCAAAAUUAAAUGUUUAACUUUUUGUUCUUCUUAAAAAAAUUAUAUUUCUUCUAUGAGAAAAUAUUAAAAUCAAACAUUAUUUCAUAAAAGUGAAAUACAAAUUUUAAAUACUUAAGCCUAGUCCACACCUGGCGAUUUGUCUCUGGAAACUUUGUUGGCUGACCGUAGUGUUUCCUUUUAUAUCUCCAGAUGAUAGUCAGACUGUCGGCAGACAAAUCUCUGUGCUUCUGGAGACAAAAUUCAGUGUUUUCUGUUUCCCAUACCAAUGGUAAACACUGAGACAAGAAACACGUCUUUUGUCUCAAGCCUGCAUGAGUGGAUGAUUCUGGAGACAGAAGAUCGAAACAACCUGAACCCGCUGGUGUUAAACGUGGAGUUCAGGGCUGAGAUUCCAGCCCUGUAACGUGUACAUUUCAUUCUUUGGCCCAACAAAGACAAAACAGUAACAGAACCUCAAGAUCUGUUGGAAUUGUGGAUAUUUAUAUGCAUUCACUGUGGAUGCGAUACUCCCUGGUGUUUAUUAACGUCCGCACAAGUGAGUACUACGACUACCCGCAGUGCUAUCCUGAUAAUUAGACCAAUUUGUAUAUACCAGGGCAAAAAAUGUGGUUCGUGGU